UUUAAUUUUGGGUUACAAGUAUCUACAAUUGGAUUAGGUUAUGAUUUUCCUUUCAUCCAAACACCCUUCUAUUCUUCUAGGGUUUAGACUGUUUACUGUUUAGUCCAUCUUCAUUUUCACUAAUUCUCAAAACCCUUCACUGACCAUCAAACUUCUCUCCCCUCUCCAAAUCAAAACAUCCAAUUCUCCCCAUUCUCCACUCAAAAAUGGCAGCCGUCGCCGCCGCCAGAUCCGUUUUCCGAUCAUCCUCCUUCCGAAACGCCGCCGCCAGGCUCGGCUCUGAAGCCAAAGCCGCUCGCUCCCCAUUUCGUAUUCCAAGCAGAAAACCUCUCUCUCAUCGAAUCUUCAGAUGUCCAGCUGAAAUGAGCGCUUGUUUGGAAUCGAUGCAACCGUUCCACACUGCAACUGCUUCGGCAUUGAUGACUUCGAUGCUCUCAAUCUCUCGCUGCGGUUAUGGAUGGCUUCCCGAAGCUUGCAAUGAUGAUGUAUGAUGAAUGUCCAAAGGGUUCUGGCAAAGUUUUUAUUCAAAAUCUGUAGAUUGAUGAGCUGGAAAUUUUGGGUGAGAUGCCUAUAUUAGUCAGUUCCAAUCUGGGAUGCCUCUUUUUUUUCUUUUCUUUUCUUUUUUUUUUUUCAGUGUUGUUGGCUUAGUCCAGGAGUCAUAAAUAAUUUAUGUAAAUAAAUGCAAAAUCUUUUGUUCAGUAUUUAUGGAGUUGUUAUUAUUUUUGGCCUGAUGAUCAUGACUCAAAUGUCGCUGAAGUUUAUAUGUGGAGCUUGAUUAUAUGUUAUUUU